UUCCGCGCAAGCGCAGAAUCCACACAGCGGAGGAUUGUGGGACAAAAAAACUAUCGCCAGGGCAACAAGCAGAGUUUAGCGAGCGGAAAUCUGCUGCUAGCAGAACAGUAACGGCGAUUAAUUAUUAAACAAACAUAUUUUACACCAAAUACCUUUUUAGUUUGUUACCAUGAACGAAUCUGUAGCCAAAAAGACCCAGGAGACUCUGGGAAAAGUGAUCAAGAAGCCUCCUCUGACAGAAAAGCUGCUCAGCAAACCGCCGUUUCGAUACCUGCACGAUAUCUUCAGCGAGGUAAUACGUUCCACAGGCUUUAUGAAAGGACUUUAUGGAGAAGCAGAGAUGAAGUCAGAUAAUGUGAAGGACAAAGACUCAAAAAUAGUGUUCCUUCAGAAGGCCAUCGAUGUGGUGAUGCUGGUUAGUGGAGAGCCCUUGGCUGCUAAACCUGCUCGAAUCGUAGCCGGAUACGAACCAGAGAAGACCAACGAGCUGCUGCAGAUCAUUGCUAAGUGCUGUCUCAACAAGCUCUCCAGUGACGAGGCUGUUAGACGGGUGUUAGCAGGAGACAAGGUGGAUCCGAAGGGGAAGCCCAGCACCUCCAGGUCCCAGGACAAGGAGAACAGAGAGGGCAGGGAGCGCCACCGAGACCGUGAGACUCUGGCUGUUGUCCAGGAGACGAAGGGCAUCAAGGAGAGCAGCGGGAGCCGAGAGCAGAAAGAUCCAGAUCAACCAAAAGAGCAAGAGGGCAAGAAAGAUGACAAGGACCGCCGGCGAGAUGCUGAGAGGUCAGACAAGGCACGCGAAAGAGACCGGACAAAAGACAGAGACAGAGACAAGGACAAGAGCCGGGAUCGGGAGAAAGACAAGACCAGAGAGAAGGAGCGGGAAAAGGAAAAGGAGAAGGAGAAGGACCGCAACAGGGACAAGGAGAGAGAACGAGAUAAAGAAAGGGAUAAGAAAAGGGAACGAGAAUCUCACAAAGACAGGGAACGAGACAAGGAGAGAGAGCGUGAGAAAAGACGGGAGAGAGAAAGAGAAAAAGAAAAAGAACGACACAAAGAGACUGACCAGAAGCUAAAGGACAGAGGUGAUAGAAAGAUCAAAGCAGCAGAGGAGAUCAGCAAGCUAAAGCCUCACCCAGAGGUUGUGAGUAAAACACUUGAAGCCGAAGCAGACGAGGCUGAGAGUCCUUCCCGAAUCCCAAGGCCCUCAUCGGCUAAAGGACAGCGGCGGCGGCCCAAAACAGGAGGUCAAGAUGAGACUGACAGUGAAGGAGAAAGGGAAGCCCCUUCAGCAGAGAAACCAGUCCCCAUAGAGAAUGGAGACAUAACGGAUUCUGUGCCACCUCAAACAACACACAGACGGUUACCUCGGCCUAGCAGUGCACGACCGGCAGCCCCCCGGAUCAAACGACAGGAGAGCUACACUGAUCAUGUGACCCCAGCAGAGAGGCUGGGCAGUGGCAAAACCCCUGCGACUGUCAUUUUGGAUGGCAAGAGGUUCUCUGAAGAUGAGGAUGAUGAAGAAGGGCAGUUUGUGGUGGAGGAGGCAGCUGCACCUCCUCCUGACAUACCUGAAGUCGAGAGUAAUUCACUUGAACUGCAAGGGGACGACAAACACGGUGGACUUGUGAAAAAAAUCCUGGAGACAAAGAAAGACUAUGAAUUAUCUCCAGCCACAAAGUCAAAAGAACAGGAUCGGUCACUGGUGUCGGAGUCGUCUCGUAAGAAGGAACGUGAAUUGGUGGCUAAGGAGAUCGAGCGACUGUGUUCGUCCAUACAGACAGUGUGUCGCAGUGCUCUGCCUCUGGGCAAGAUCAUGGACUACAUUCAGGAGGAUAUGGACUCCAUGCAGAACGAACUGCAGACCUGGCGCAAAGAGAACAAGGAGAACGCACAGGCUCUGCUACAGGAGCAAAGAAUCACAGACAGCGUUGUGGAACCUCUGAAGACUGAACUCGCUGAACUGGAGCGGUUAAUCAAAGACCAGCAGGACAAGACCUGCGCAGUCAAGUCCAACAUCCUGAAGAAUGAGGAGAAGAUCCAGAAGAUGGUAUCCAGCAUCAGCUUCUCCUCACAAACGUGAAUCUCAGCACAUCCCAAAAGGAACCUUAAGCACUGAGCAGCAGGGAGAGCUCCUGUUAAUAGACCCCCAUGUGUUUUAGUCGCACUGGACAGAGUUUAGAAGGUGCAGGUACAGCCAGGAGUCAGUCUCCUCAAACCCCCUUCAUGUAAGGUGCCUUCUGUUAAACCCAGGAUCUGUUUGCGCUGGUCCAUUGGGAUUCUCAAACACACUCGCACGUCUGCAGUAGAUUUGCACUCGUCACUUGCUUGAAAGAUAAAUGUGUGUGGUCACCAUACUGAUGUGUCCUGUAUUUUUUAAAUAGGACUUUAAGUGCUUUCCAUGUUCUCUUAGAAAAACAGACUGACUGGUUUAUAUA